AUGCUGGAAAAGUCUGACCUAAACAUAGAGUGCAGACUUUGUCCACAUUUUAGUGGCACAAAAGUGGCGUUGGGCCGCCUGACUGAAGCAGAGAGUGAUUCUCUGCUAAAAGUCGAUAAAAUAAAAAUAGGUUGGAUAAAUGCUGCAGUUAAAAAACACUUAGAAGUGGCAAGAUGCCGAAAGUGUCUCGUUUAUGGACACGUGACACAAAACUGCAAGGGCCCCGACAGAACUAAAAGCUGUCGGAGAUGCGGCUGUGAGGAUCAUAUCGUAAGUAAUUGUUCUGUCAAACAACCUAAGUGUUUGACGUGCUCCGACUUGGCUAAGACAGACAUGUUGCCUUAA